GCAGAGCUUGCUCAAAGGGCCUUAUUUAGGUUGCGCAGGCGCUAGCUGGCCAUUUCUCUUCAGCUACACCAAAGUAGUCUGUGCAGUCUUACUUCGACGCCAGGAGAGCUAAGAGACGAUGAUGUUGGGCACUGAAGGCGGAGAGGGAUUCGUGGUGAAGGUCCGAGGCUUGCCCUGGUCUUGUUCGGCUGAUGAAGUGCAGCGUUUUUUUUCUGACUGCAAAAUUCAAAAUGGGGCUCAAGGUAUUCGUUUCAUCUACACCAGAGAAGGCCGACCGAGUGGCGAGGCUUUUGUUGAACUUGAAUCAGAAGAUGAAGUCAAAUUGGCCCUGAAAAAAGACAGAGAAACUAUGGGACACAGAUAUGUUGAAGUAUUCAAGUCAAACAACGUUGAAAUGGAUUGGGUGUUGAAGCAUACUGGUCCAAAUAGUCCCGACACGGCCAAUGAUGGCUUUGUGCGGCUUAGAGGACUCCCCUUUGGAUGUAGCAAGGAAGAAAUUGUUCAGUUCUUCUCAGGGUUGGAAAUCGUGCCAAAUGGGAUAACAUUGCCGGUGGACUUCCAGGGGAGGAGUACGGGGGAGGCCUUCGUGCAGUUUGCUUCACAGGAAAUAGCUGAAAAGGCUCUAAAGAAACACAAGGAAAGAAUAGGGCACAGGUAUAUCGAAAUCUUUAAGAGCAGUCGAGCUGAAGUGAGAACUCACUAUGAUCCACCUCGAAAACUUAUGGCCAUGCAGCGUCCAGGUCCAUAUGACAGACCUGGGGCUGGCAGAGGAUAUAACAGUAUUGGCAGGGGAGCUGGCUUUGAAAGGAUGCGGCGUGGUGCUUAUGGUGGAGGCUAUGGAGGCUAUGAUGACUAUAAUGGCUAUAACGAUGGCUAUGGAUUUGGAUCAGAUAGAUUUGGAAGAGACCUCAAUUACUGUUUUUCAGGAAUGUCUGAUCACAGAUAUGGGGAUGGUGGUUCUACUUUCCAGAGCACAACAGGACACUGUGUACACAUGCGAGGAUUACCUUACAGAGCUACUGAGAAUGACAUUUAUAAUUUUUUUUCACCACUCAACCCUGUGAGAGUACACAUUGAAAUUGGUCCUGAUGGUAGAGUAACUGGUGAAGCAGAUGUUGAGUUUGCUACUCAUGAAGAUGCUGUGGCAGCUAUGUCAAAAGACAAAGCAAAUAUGCAACACAGAUAUGUAGAACUCUUCUUGAAUUCUACAGCAGGAGCAAGCGGUGGUGCUUACGAACACAGAUAUGUAGAACUCUUCUUGAAUUCUACAGCAGGAGCAAGCGGUGGUGCUUAUGGUAGCCAAAUGAUGGGAGGCAUGGGCUUGUCAAACCAGUCCAGUUAUGGUGGCCCAGCUAGCCAGCAGCUGAGUGGUGGUUAUGGAGGUGGCUAUGGUGGUCAGAGCAGCAUGAGUGGAUAUGACCAAGUUUUACAGGAAAACUCCAGUGAUUUUCAAUCAAACAUUGCAUAGGUAGCCAAGGAGCAGUGAACAGCAGCUACUACAGUAGUGGAAGCCGUGGAUCUAUGGGAGUGAAUGGAAUGGGAGGGAUGUCUAGCAUGUCCAGUAUGAGUGGUGGAUGGGGAAUGUAAUCCUGAUCACUGACUCUUGGUCAAAAUUUUUUUUUUUAAAAAAAAAGAAAAAAGAAAAAAACUUAACAGUUUCGCAAUAUAAGCUUGUGAUUUAUGCUUACUCUAAGUGGAAAUCAGGAUUGUUUUAAAAAGAUUCAGGUUCAGUGUUUAUGAACACAACAUUCAUCUAGGUGUAACAACGAAGUGUGAGUAAACUGUAACUGUUAAACAAUUUUCAGCUUUUCUCAAGUUAGUUGUAGGAUGUACUUAAGCAGUAAGUGUAUUUAGGUUAAAGCAGUUCAAUUAUGUUAAAUGUUGCUCUUAUACCACAUUACAUUGAACACUGAAUGCAUGUUGAGAGACAUGCUUUUUUGUAAAACUCAAAUAUAGGAGCUGUGUCUACAAUUAAAAGUGAAACAUUUGGCAUGUUUGUUAAUUCUAGUUUCAUUUAAUAACCUGUAAGGCACGUAAGUUUAAGCUUUUUUUAAGUUAACGGGGGAAAUGAGACGCAAUACCAAUACUUUAGGAUUUUGGUCUUGGUGUUUGUAUGAAAUUCUGAGGCCUUGAUUUAAUUAAACCUUUCAUUGUAUUGUGAUUUCCUUUUAGGUGUAUUGCGCUAAGUGAAACUUGUCAAAUAAAUCUUCCUUUUAAAAACUGCAA